AUGUCCGGAAUCGUAUCAGCUUUCCAGUGCGGCAACACCGAACCAUGGCGCUUCCAUGGUGUGGGCGAGAGGUGCUUUCACAUCACUUCAUUCUGGCAAUGCAUGGGUGUGCUUAACAUCGUCACUGACCUUGCACUGAUCUUGUUUCCAGUGCAUGUCAUCAUGACGUUGCAGAUGAGCAUGAACAAGAAGGUCACCAUACUCACCUUUUUUGGUGCACGGUCACUAGACAUCAUAGCAACCGCAGUUCAAAUGGUAUAUCUCUCCGGCUUCGACUCGCCCAAUCCAACCAAAGAUCUCUGGAAGUGGACACUUAUCACGCAAAUCACCGAAUGCAUCACCAUACUCACGUCGUGCGUCCCCUACCUCCGCCCGCUUCUUGAGUCUGUUCCUUCAGGUCUAUACGGAACCGACGAACUCAGACGCCGAGGCACAUCUUCGGAGCACGGCUACUCACGUAGCAAGAGCGGCUCCUAUCAGCUUUCGAGCAGCACUUCCAGAGGUGUCGGCACAAGGAAUAGUAGGAAGGGCCUUGCCGAAGGCGGCGGAAUGAAACGCUUCCUCCCUAUGCUCUCGCAGGAAAAGACAACACACGCGAAUUCGGCAUCGGGCAUACCCGGAGGUCCAAGACGCCUUGAUGGCGCGAUGGACGUAGAGAUAACGGCUGUGCACCACAAGAAUGGAGACGAGAAGCGAUGGGAUGACAAGCGAUGGGAGACUGCAAGUACAGGCAGUCAUUCUAAAAUCCUUAAGACUACGGUUGUGAGCGCAGAAUGGGAAGAGGCGGAGGUUAAGAGUCCUGAGGGAUCAUAUGAUGAGAUUGAGGUGAUGCGUUGA